UCUUUGAAUUUACUACAUUGUUUAUUAUCGUUUACAACUUGUCAGUUUAUUUUAUUCCACAAUCCAUUGUCAAAUCGUUACCUUAGGUUUGCGACAUAAUAUAUGUCUGUUAAUAGAAUACGAGUACAGAAAAGAUUGUGGAAUAUAAUUACAAGUACGAUACAAGUUUCGUAUGUGUUGAAGAGAACUUGCUUUGUGUUAUAUAAAUGUCUACGUAAAAUCAACAGCAGUGGCUGACGAAAAUCCAAUUGGCAGUAUCCUAUUACAAGCACAUUUUGUUUAACAUAUCUACAAUGAGCACCGCACCGAGUGGAACAUAUAAUUUCAAAGUUGUGUUAUUAGGGGAAGGCUGUGUCGGCAAAACAUCAAUUUUACUACGUUACAUCGAAGACAAAUUCAAUGAUAAACAUUUGACUACGCUACAGGCAACCUUCUUGAAUAAGAAACUUAAUAUUAAUGGUAAGCGUAUCAAUCUCUCAAUAUGGGACACGGCUGGUCAAGAGAAGUUUCAUGCCCUAGGUCCCAUUUACUAUCGAAACUCAAAUGGUGCAAUACUUGUUUAUGACAUCACAGAUGAGGAUUCAUUUGGAAAGGUAAAAAAUUGGGUGAAAGAAUUAAAGAAAAUGCUUGGUUCAGAUAUAGUGUUGGUGAUUGCUGGCAACAAAGUUGAUUUAGAACAUGAAAGGACUGUACCUCUGGAAGAAGCUGAAAGCUAUGCUAAAAUGGUAGGUGCUAAACAUUUCUACACAUCGGCAAAAUUAAACCAGGGUGUCGAAGAACUGUUUCUGGAAUUGACACGAGAGAUGGUAGAACGUUUCGAACAAAACUCUCGGACUGAAGUGAAUCGAACAUCGAGGGUUUUAGUCGUUGAAGACGAGACACCAACACAGUCAUCUUGUUGCUCGGGUUCACGAAGUAACUGAACUUAUUAUAGGCUGUGUAAAAUGUUUAUAAACUUUUUUAUUGAUUCUAUUAAUGGAAUGUAUUACGUCAAUGUGCAACAUUGAGCUUAAGAUCAAUAAAAUUAUUUGGUUUCCGAACUUACCA